AUGCUUCAUCAAAUUCAUAUGACUUUUACGUCUUCAAAUGCGACGCCUGCUGGGUCGGCAUUUGUAGCUGCCAUGCUAGCACGUCUCUACUGA